CUGAAGACCCGGUACUAGUAGCCCUUAGCCAAUCUUCACAACAACCGAUGCUCCAUCUCUUUCCUUCCCUAUCAGAAACACUGCCAACUCCGCUCAGUGUCAGCUAAAUCGCCUGCACACCCGUAAUCAUUUUCAUCCCAAUCUCUUCUGCUGCUAUAACCUGUCCCAGGAGGCAGUGAUUUAUUAAACAUUUCCGCCGAUAUCGUCCCGGCGGAUACCACACCAUGUCGCUGAUCAAAGUUACCAACCAUCUCUGAAUCAUUCUCUUCCCCCUUUCUUCGCAAAUUCGUAAGCCCGUUGCCGAAUGAGUCACUGACUUCCGACUUUCGGACACCGCUCCUUACGGUCUCUUGAAGGGAAUUUUUCGAGAUAUCCUCGCCGGAUCGCUGGUCUUCGUGACUUGCCCUUUCCCGUUUUCACUCUAUACAGCUUCACCUUUCAUCACGCACCUUUACCACGCUCUUGCCCCUCAAAUUAACUCGUCUUCUCUCUCACCGUUCGAUUAUCCAUCUCAUAUUAUCUUGCCCCUCAAAUUAACUCGUCUUCUCUCUCACCGUUCGAUUAUCCAUCUCAUAUUAUCUGUUAUCCGUCUCAUAUCGCUUCUUGUGUCGCGUAGUCAAUUGGUAGAGAAAGAAAGUCAAUGCGCUGGCCUAGCAAGAAGGUGAAAAGCGAAAGAGGAAGGAAGAAAGAAGAAGUGAAUGAAGAACGAUAACCACCGAACGGAAGGGCAGAUCAGAUUACGCUGUGAUGCAGGAUAAGCACAAAAAGUGAGCAAGGAAAAAAGAAGGAAGUGAAACUAAGGAGGACAGGCGAUGGGUCAAGAGAGAAAGAGAAGGAAAGGAGAAGGAGAAGGAGAAGGAGAAGGAGAAGGAGAAGGAGAAGGAGAAGGAGAAGGAGAAGGAGAAGGAGAAGGAGAAGGAGAAGGAGAAGGAGAAGGAGAAGGAGAAGGAGAAGGAGAAGGAGAAGGAGAAGGAGAAGGAGAAGGAGAAGGAGAAGGAGAAGGAGAAGGAGAAGGAGAAGGAGAAGGAGAAGGAGAAGGAGAAGGAGAAGGAGAAGGAGAAGGAGAAGGAGAAGGAGAAGGAGAAGGAGAAGGAGAAGGAGAAGGAGAAGGAGAAGGAGAAGGAGAAGGAGAAGGAGAAGGAGAAGGAGAAGGCGAAGGAGAAGGAGAAGGAGAAGGAGACGAACACAGAUGGGUUAGGCCACAUUACGUUAAGCUUUGUUAGGCGGUAGGGUAAAGAGGGGGGUCGAAGUCCGUGAAGCAAGGAGAGAAAGACGGAGAAGAGGUGAAAAGGUGAAAAGGUGAAAAGGCCCAUUGAAGCGUGAGGAGUAUGUUAGUCAGAUGUGAUGUGAAGAUAUUGAGAUGCGUAAUCAUCACAAGAUAUCUUUGAGCAGGAGCAGGACAGCACGACAACGCAGAUACAACAGGAAAAAGGAUACACGAACACACAACCGACUUUCCAACUCUAAUUUAGCUCCAAUCUUGGGUAAACAUGAUUAUACAACCAUAUCCCAUAAUGUGGAACAUACAAAGACCAGAUACUAUAAAUAACGAAGACUGAAAGAAGUGGGGAGAGCCGAAACAGGGCAGAAACAGAAGCAGAAACAGGAACACAGCCUGAUGAUCCGUUGUAGCGUGAAGAUAAAUUGAAAUGCUGACGGAAGAUGAUAUUGAAGGCUGAUGAGGUCGCAGACCAAUGCUGGAGGAUGAUACGAAUUCGAUCCAAUGAUGGAAGGUGAUAUGAUUGGCGGUGGUAUGAGUGGAUGACAAUACCAGUGAUGGCGAAGACUUGUCAAGCCGUUGGGCAUAGAAAGAGUGUGGUGGUGACAAGCAUUGAUCGACGGUGAUUCGUGAAGAUAUAAUCACUAGAGCAUUUGGGUUCUUUCGGCGUCUGUCUUCUGUUUGAUCCUUUCUCCCAGCUUUU